GAGCAUGCUAAACCAAUGGGUUAGGUGGGGCGGAGCGGCGGCGGUGGCGGUGGCGGCAGCGGGUUCGGUUGCGCGUGGCGCACGGGGUGGGUGCGGAGCCCAGGCCGGGAGCAGGCGGUGCCGCAAGCGACCAUGGGCAAUGUGUUGGCCGCAAGUUCGCUGCCCGCAGGGCCGCCGCCGCCGCCUGCGCCCGCCCUCGUGGGGCUGCCGCCGCCUCCGCCCUCUCCUCCUGGCUUCACGCUGCCGCCGCUCGGGGGUGGCCUUGGCGCUGGGGCCGGCGCGGGUCGAGGCUCUGAACGGACCCCCGGGUCUGCGGCCGCCAGCGCUGCAGGAACAGCAGCCGAUGGGGCCUGUGGCUGCUUGCCUAACCCAGGCACGUUCGAGGAGUGCCACCGGAAGUGCAAGGAGCUGUUCCCCAUUCAGAUGGAAGGUGUCAAGCUCACAGUCAACAAAGGGUUGAGUAAUCACUUCCAGGUAAACCACACGGUAGCCCUCAGCACAAUUGGGGAGUCCAACUACCACUUCGGGGUCACGUAUGUCGGAACAAAGCAGCUGAGCCCCACAGAGGCAUUCCCUGUGCUGGUGGGUGACAUGGACAAUAGCGGCAGCCUCAACGCUCAGGCCAUUCAUCAGCUGGGCCCCGGCCUCAGGUCCAAGGUGGCCAUCCAGACCCAGCAGUCAAAGUUUGUGAACUGGCAGGUGGAUGGGGAAUACCGGGGUUCUGACUUCACAGCAGCCAUCACCCUGGGGAACCCAGAUGUCCUGGUGGGUUCAGGAAUCCUCGUGGCCCACUACCUCCAGAGCAUCACGCCAUGUCUGGCCCUGGGCGGAGAGCUGAUCUACCACCGGCGGCCUGGGGAGGAGGGCACUGUCAUGUCUCUAGCUGGGAAAUACACAUUGAACAACUGGUUGGCGACAGUAACGCUGGGCCAGGCGAGCGUGCAUGCAACAUACUACCAUAAAGCCAGUGACCAGCUCCAGGUGGGUGUGGAGUUUGAGGCCAGCACAAGGAUGCAGGACACCAGUGUCUCCUUUGGGUACCAGCUGGACCUGCCCAAAGCCAACCUCCUCUUCAAAGGCUCCGUGGACAGUAACUGGAUCGUGGGGGCCACACUGGAGAAGAAGCUCCCACCCCUGCCUUUGUCGCUGGCCCUCGGGGCCUUCCUGAAUCACCGGAAGAACAAGUUUCAGUGCGGUUUUGGCCUCACCAUCGGCUGAGCCCCUCCUGGCCUCUGCCUUCCACACCCUUACUCCAGACUCCCCCUCCCCCUCCCCAGCCAAGGAGGGGAGACCUGAGCCCCCCUCCUCCUCCCUUCCCUCCCUCCUUGGGGGUCGGGGGGCAGUGGAAAGGAGGGGACCCCCAGCAGCUGACGGGGGGACUCUGGAACCACAGACGCUUCAGGAUUCAGAGCACAGGGGCAGUGUGUCCAGUGGGCUUGGGGUCCCAGAGGGAUUCCAGAAUCAAGGGGCAUGCCGGUUCGGAGCACGAGGGGCAGAGGUGGCCAGACAGCCUCAGGGAGGUGUUGGAACAUCCCAUGCCCGCAGAGGGCCCUGGCCCGGCCCUGAGUGGUCAGAAGAGGAGCUUCCCCUUCCCCAGUCAGCCCGCCCCUGCCCACUUCUCCACCCACCCCUCGGUAUAAAUCAUGUUUAUAAGUUAUGGAAGAACCAGGACAUUUUACAUAAAAAGAAAAAAAAAACCAACAAAAAAUAUACAUGAAAAAAAGUGGAA